AGUCUGUAUACAGAAUUUAUGCAAGUUAGUUUUAUCAACAUCAACUUUCGGUUUCAAUACAGCAGAAAUGAGCAGCGCAGGGUCUUCUUGGCUUCCCGCUGGAUUAACGUGGAUUAAUCCAAACACAUUCUUUGGGUUCACCAAAGAAAAGAAGGGCAGAGAUCUCCGAGAACAAAUUAAGGCAAUAUCUGGGUCUUCUGUCCUAGAUGAAGCAGGCAUUGAUGAUGCUCAAGUCCUUACUUUGACAAGAGAGGAUCUGAAUGAGCUUUUUCCAGGUAUCAGCAACUUUCAGCUCCGAAGGACGAUUAUGUCGCUUAUCACAGACACAGUGAAGGAUUCACUCCGAUCUGGCCCAGAAACAUUUGCUGGAGCGCUGAAGCAUUUAAUGCACAAAAACAACAGCAAUGAUGCUGCUGUUCAGGAUGUUUUGAAGGAGUCUCUUCGAGCUUUUAGAGAAAUGGAGGAGCAGCUAAAAGCAACACUGGCAUCUUUGAAACCAUACAUUGAGGUCUUGAACAGUCUCACUGAGGCAUCAGCUAGAAAAGAGCACUGGGAUACAGAAGGAACUUCAAACAGGGGGAAACUUCCAUGCCCAUCCCAAACAGAUUUGAAAUCUUCAACCAUAAGGACUCCUUUUGAGCCUUCAGUCAGAGUGCAUUCAUUUCCGUGUGGCCGAACCUUGGGAGUUGACGUGCAAAUUCUAAAACAGCUCAAGGGAGUUACAGAGAGUGAAUUGUGGGAUUGUCAGUUGAUACUGGUCUUCUGUCCCGUAGUAUCACGAUCUGGAACUGACAUUGAAGAAGCACUGAGGAAAAUUCCAGGCGAUAAACCAGCAGUCCUGGUGACGAUGUACCAUACCUUCAGCCCUAACUAUGUGUGUCCCAGCUAUAAUAUAACAUCUUGUCAAGCGAAUAUUGUGGAACAUGUUAACGUGCUCUUCCAUGACUCACAACAGGGUCUUCUGAGGUGUGCAGCAAAUGAACAUGCAAUUACCAAACUUCAGUCUGUCUUAUACCGGUACAAGUAAACGAUCACGCCUCGCAACACUUAAGCUGCUAAUCGUUACAAAUUUUGAUUCAAUACAUGUCUGUUAUAUGGUCAUAUGAAUGGACAAAAACAAGAAGUCUGCUAAUAAACAUUUAUGACUGGUU